AUUGUUUCAGUCAGUGAAAUUUUGCCAAACGGAACAGAAACGGAAAUAUAUUGGCGGCGGGAACCGGAAGUAAUGUUGGAAAUUUUUGAGCGAAAUUGCGGACUAGUCUGAGCGGACGCUUAUUAACGCUUUUAUAAUACAGACAGCUGUCAUGUCUUCGACAUCUCAGAAACACAAGGAUUUUGUGGCCGAGCCCAUGGGCGAGAAGCCAGUGAUGGCUUUGGCUGGAAUAGGGGAGGUUCUUGGAAAGAGACUCGAGGAGAAAGGCUUUGACAAGGCAUAUGUAGUAUUAGGUCAGUUCCUGGUAUUGAAGAAGGACGAGGAGCUGUUCCGGGACUGGUUGAAAGACACGUGCGGCGCGAACGUCAAACAGCAGGGCGACUGCUACAGCUGCUUGCGCGAAUGGUGCGACUCCUUCCUGUAGAGCCCCUCGCCCUCUGCCAGCAGUGCCACGUUUCCACGGUCAUUCUGUCCACAUUCUCUACCUCCAUCUCAAAACCGUGCUCUUCAUCCACCAUCUUUCACACUUCUGCAGACUGUCUCUCACUCGCAGUACCUCGUAUCACAAUAUGUAUGUAUGUUGGACUUCGGUGUUCUGAAGGUGUGAUGGAGCUUGGUUUGGAUUUUUAUUUCUGUCAGCCUUCGGUUGUUUGUGUACAACCUAAUCUGAAUAAGGCACAUUAUGUUCAGAAGUACAUACACUGCCAUUCCCCAUUCUCCAUUUGGUGUUUUUGCCUUUCCGACUGUUAUUGAAAUGGAAAGGGCUUUUUAAAGUUGUAGACAUAACACUGGUUUUUAAACUGCAAUGAGUUUCUUCUUGGUGCACUUGUUCUUGUAUUACGGACCGUACAUCCUCUGAUGGUUUUAAACGACUUUGUGCUUUUACGCAUCAAAUGUCAGACUGCAGUGAAGUGAUUUGGGCAAUUGCAAGACUUCUGGUAUUAAUAUUUUAGCAUCGGUUAGAUCUUAAGCUUUUCAUUUCACACGUUUAAUCUUCCAGCAAUUUAAAUUACUAGAAACAAAAGACAAAUUAUCCCAAAAGUUUUUCAGGCAAUAUUUUGCUGAUUUCAUGCAGUUGAACUAAGAGGAAGUGGUGGAUAAUGACCUGACACUGGUUUUUAUUUUGUUUUUGUCUUUACUGUGAGAUGGAGGGAAAAUAUGCUGUUAACAUUUUUCUUUUUAUUUAAAAUUGUGGUCUGUAGUUUUUUUGUUGAGGCUGACAUUUUUUAAAAAAUAAAAUCAAGCAUAAAACUA